AUGUUAGUAUUGAAAAACAUGUUCCAUGACAAAAUAAAACCAACUACAGAAAUAAAUGACGCAAGACUGAAACGUUGGGUAAAAGCUUUCCCAUUCACAAAAGAUAUUAUUGGUUACAUGGAAAGAAAACCAGAAUGGCUACAAAAACAUAUAUUUGGAAACGAGCUUAUUCCAUAUGGACAAGCUCUGUUUGAAGAGCUUGAACCGGAAACUCAGGAAAGAGUCAUGCAAACAAUAAGCGAAGACUCAAAUACAAACUAUGACAAAAUCUUUCUAGGAUAUAGGUUACCUGAGAUGGGCGACCAGAGUCCAAAGGCAAAAAGGACAUGGGAAAUUUACAACAUACUAGGUGAACAUGAGGCAAAGAUGCAACAACUUGAAGCAGAGGGUAAGUUACCAAAAGCGACACCAAAGAAGAAGAGAAGAGUAGAACAAAGUGAAAGUAGUGAAGAAGUAACUUCAUCUAGUGAAAGUAGUGGCAAUGAAGGAAAAAGAAGAGUUAAAGAUUCAGUUAAAAACUCAGUCAGGAAGAAAGUAAAGCUUGGUACGAGUGGGUUCUAUUAUGACACAUAA